CCGUAGAUUGCAAGUUACAACUGGAAAGAUUAAUUGGAAAUGAUCGAGAAGUAACGCUUCUUAAUUAGCAGUAUAAUUAGCCCUAAUUUUAUUACCACUCAACGGAUUGAGUAUUUUCGUUUCUUUCGACUUCCUUCCUGCAGUUGUGUCCUCCCACCAUUAUUCUACUGUAAGGUUUUAAUCGAUCAUCUAAAUUGUGUUAUAAUAAUGUCAUGAAUAUAUAUAUGAUUCUUUUAAUUAAUUUCAUGAAAUUGUAAUAAGUAGUAAUAAUUGGGACUAAAAACAUGUGACAGGCGUAUAGGUAGAAAUUAAAAGGUGACCAUGAUGGUGGGAAAUGGGAAAUCCCGGUGGCUGCUCGUAGCUGCUGUGACAUUUCUGGGCAUAGUUGUUCCGGCGAAGCCACACAAUUAUGGAGAUGCCUUGUACAAAAGCAUUCUAUUUUUUCAGGGUCAAAGGUCUGGGCAUCUCCCAGAAAGUCAACGCACUUAUGGGAUCACUUGGAGAGGGGACUCCGCUCUCCAUGAUGGUGAUGAUGUCCGUGUGGAUUUGGUGGGAGGGUACUAUGACGCAGGAGACAAUGUAAAGUUCAAUUUCCCAAUGGCGUUUACAACCACUAUGCUGUCUUGGAGUGUGUUGGAGUAUUGGAGGGAAAUGGGAAGUGAGGAACUGGAGAAUGCAAAGGAGGCGAUCAAGUGGGCGACCGACUACAUGAUGAAGGCCACAAGCAAAGUCAGCGACGGCGUGGUUUUCGUUCAGGUCGGUGAGCCAUACUCUGAUCACACUAGUUGGCAGAGGCCGGAAGAUAUGACCACCGAUCGGACCGCGUACAGCGUCACCGCUGCCUCGCCCGGCUCAGAAGUCCCCGCUGAGAUGGCCGCUGCCUUGGCCGCUUCUUCCCUCGUUUUUAGGAAAUCUGAUUCUGAUUAUUCAUUUCAACUACUCCAGAGGGCCGAACAGGUUUUUGUAUUUGCAGAUAAGUAUA